ACCAUUGAUCCAAUCCUAAAAAAAUAAAAUAAAAAAACUCAUCGCAAUAAGGAAUCAGAACUUGUAUCAAAGAAAAGUAGGGAAGAAUGGUUGGAAAGGCAAUACUAAUAUUAAUUAUAACGAUUCUCCUUGUGGUAGUGCAAGCGGAUGAUGAUCAUCAUCACCUGUCUCCUUCCUAUCCACCUGCAGCUCCCUACCCUCUCUUCUCUUCCGUCGAUAAAAUAAAUCCAGAAUGCGUUAAACGAUGCGAAAUACAUUGUUUGGCAGUCCCUGAACGCCUUUCGCCACUCUGUGUUCAAUUUUUAACGGUAAUAAAAUGUUGGCGGCACCCAAAACGCGAUCUCUCGGCUGCCAUCAAAGCCUGUGUUCUUCGUUGCUUGCCGCCGACAGCUGAAUAUCGACUUUCAGUCCCAGCUGGUGGGAAAAGUUUUGAAGCAUUUGCUGCUACUUGCUACAACAAGUGCAAAGGCGAAUAUUAGUAUAGUUUCCCAUUAAUACGAACCAAUUAAUGUGUAAAUAUAGUUACAACACUGCCUAG